UAUCGCUGCAGGAAUCACGGCGUCGUGUCGCGCCUCAAGGGCCACAAGCGCCUGUGUCGCUGGCGUGACUGUCAGUGCGCGAACUGUCUGCUGGUCGUAGAGAGACAGAGAGUGAUGGCAGCGCAAGUCGCCCUCCGGAGACAGCAGGCCACAGAGGGUAAAAAAGGUCAAAAAAGCACCUCUGUUCUCAGACACACAGCUUAUCAGCGCUACACGAGGGCACCUAGUCUCCUGGCAAAGAGUAUUCUAGAGGGCUACAAGCCACUUGUGCUGGAGGACUGGCCUAAGAGACUCCACCAACCCCCAGUCAGUGUUCGUAUGAGGAAGAGGAGAGCGUUUGCUGAUAAAGAGCUGGAGACUGUGAUGCUGGAAAGAGAGCAGAGGCAAAGAGAGAUGGAAGAGUUGCCUGCGCUCCUCCUCCAGGCUGUGGUGCCGUUUGCUCCCACUCCGUAUUUUUUCCCGCUAUCAAACCCAGUCAUGCCCACUUACAUGCCUGUGUCCAAAAGCGGCCCUCCUUUGACUGACUGUGAUCUCCCUCACCAUCAGCACACGCUUAAAUCCAAGACUUUAGACUGCGGCACAGACAAACUGACAGACAGCGUCUCUCUAAGAGUGUGUGAGAACUGGGAUCUUUUCAAUUCGAUUCGGCCUCCACCGCGCUGCUACAGCACGAGCCCAGGUGUCAACAUGGUUAAAAACAUGCCGGACAGCAGGUUUUCUGAUAUGUCUGUCAAACCAAAAAGUUUAGUUAUUGACACCAUGUCAAAGCAAGACAUUCCUCCCUCACUGAAUAUGGCAGACGUGCUGGCACAAGCUAAAUCGCCCCACAAACGCUGCAGGUCAUUGGGACACGAGGCCUCUGUACACAUGGACUGUAUGGAGGGUGCAAAUAAAGACCCCAUCAGAAAAGCUGUAACACGGCCAUUACCUUUUUCUGUAGAGGCAUUGCUCAUGAGAUAAGAAUAUUUUUUUAAAGCUAACACUUUACAAUAGGUUUCAGUUUGUUAACACGAGGUAUUACAUU